AUGGGUCCCUGUACUUUUGAAACGUCUCAAAAGGCUACGAGUGGCGAGCAGCAUGCGGUAGUGGGGUGUGUGGGUAUGUCACAUGUGGACCCGCACCUGCUGCUCACCCCGGAGCACACACCCACCAAUGACCUCUACAGGUACGUGAGGUCUCUACAGAACACUCUUAGAGGCCAAGUGCACGCACGUAGAGGCUGGCUGGCUUGUUGCUCCCAGUGCCAUGCUCCGCUCUCAACUCUUGGAGAGUCUGCACUACGUCUGCCAUGCUCUGCCAUAUACUCCUUCCUUUUCCAUCCCUCCCUGCGCCCCUGCGUGCCGCACCCCUCCUCCCCCCUCGCCCCACCCAUCCCCUUCAUCCCUCCCGCCCAUCCCGUGUCCGCUGCCACCAGUCUGGGAGUGGUGCUGCUGCAGCUGCUGUCAGGCCACAUUCCCGUCCCUGCUCUCCUGCCCACCCCUGCUCCCCCUUCUUCCCACCCAUCCCUGCCCCCCCUUCUUCCCACCCAUCCCUGCUCCCCCCCUUUGCCCGCUGCCGCCAGUCUGGGAGUGGUGCUGCUGCAGCUGCUGUCAGGCCGCAUCUCCGAUGCUUCAGGGAAGACCAUGCCCGAGUUUUUCAGAGACUCUCUUCAAGCCAACAACCUUGCUGCUCUCUUCGAUCCCGUGCUCGCCUCCUCUUCCCUCCCACCCACCACCAAUACCAGUGCCAGCAUCCCGACCAGCAGCACCGCCAGCAGUCUCACCAGCAGCGCCACCAGCAGCACCAGCGCACCCUCUAGCACCACCAGCACCACCACCACAGCAGGCACAGCAGCUGCCAGCGCUGCUGAUACUACACUGGGUGUUGCCAAUGUUCCCAACGUUCCCGACCGACUGGGAACAGUGGUUAUGCUGAUACCGAAUGCUCUUAUUCCUAGCUUGGUGCGGCUGGCUCGUGUCGGGCUCGCAUGCACCGCCAUGCCUGCUUCCUCCCGGCCCUCCUUGGGGCGAGUCCUUGCUGAGCUGGAGAUAGUGCGUGAUGACGUGGCAACAGCACUGACGCAUAUGGAGGAAGAGGUGGAGCAUCAGGAAGGGGACUUGCAGGGAGGAGGGGGGGGUGUCGUGGCAGGCAACAGGGGAAAUGAGCUUUUGGACUCGUGGGCCAAUCUUUCCCACACUGACCCUGCCUCCUCAUCUCCCAAUCCUUCCACUCCUCCUUCGCAGCUUCCUCCUUCCCCUCCUCCCCCUCCUGUCGUCACCCCCUCCUCCUCCGCCCUCCUCCCAGUGCCGCUGCUGUGCCAGCAGGUGGGCAUGGCGGAUGUGCUGCGCGCAACAGGAGGGUGGGCGGAGGACAGGCGCAUAGGCAGCGGCGGGUAUGGUGACGUGUACCGGGGAGUGAGCCCCCUCGACGGCUGCACGCCCUGGGCUGUGAAGCGCGCUAGAGUGCUCACUAAUGACUUUCGGCGCGAGAUCAACGAGAUGGCAUCAAAGCACCACCCCAACCUGGUGCGGCUGCUGGGCUUCUGCCUGGACUAUGACGCGGCGGCGGAGCGCAUGGAGCAAAUCGCCAUCUAUGAAUACAUGCCCAACGGGGACCUGUACCGCCGCAUGCACGGCAACGGCAAAGGUAAUAUACCCCCCCUGACCCUGCAGCAGCAGCUGGACAUUCUUGAGAAUUCUCAAAAUUGCAGCAGCGGGUGGACAUUCUGA